UUUUUUUAAAAGGUUUAAACGUCCACGCGCAUUCCCUGACUUGCGCAAGCUUGAAGCCUCGACAGUGCUCGCUAAAUCAGAAGAGGAAAACACAAGACAAAAAGUACAAAAAUGUUUUUACGGAUCCUUCUCAGCCUCUCGCUGUCGCUGAAUUUAUGGUUCUGUGAGGUAUCAUUAACAACUCAACAAGAAGCACCAUCUAUUAUUAUGGAUGAUACCAACAUCAACCCUGAGGCUGCAAAACUUCUGUCCAGAAUUAAAUAUGUUGGUCGAAGCUGCAAAGAAAUUCGCGAGAAGUAUCAUGUUUAUGAUGACGGCCUGUACUAUCUGAUCACAUCAAGAGGAGUCCUUUACCAGACGUUCUGUGAUAUGACCACUGCUGGUGGCGGCUGGACGCUGGUGGCCAGUGUUCAUGAAAACAACAUGUAUGGAAAGUGCACUGUUGGUGAUCGCUGGUCUAGUCAGCAGGGCGAUAACCCAAACUGGCCUGAUGGUGAUGGGACAUGGGCAAACACAGUCACAUUCGGAGCUGCAGAGGCCGCUACAAGUGAUGAUUUUAAGAAUCCUGGAUACUAUGACAUUGUGGCACAGGAUGUAUCUGUGUGGCAUGUUCCUAAUAAUAGUGAGUUGGAACAGUGGAGCACUGCCUCCAUCCUGCGAUACCACACUGAAAAUCACUUCUUAACCCUACAUGGAGGAAACCUUUUCAAUUUAUUUAAGAAAUUCCCUGUGAGGUUUGGAAUUGGGACAUGCAACAUUAAUAAUGGACCUGCUAUUCCAAUAGUGUAUGAUACUGGAGAUGCGAUAUCAACCAAAUAUCUGUAUGGUCCUCAUUCAAGAGGAAUAUUUGAGCCCGGAUUCAUUACAUUCAGAGUCUUCAAUACUGAAAAGGCAGCUAUGGCUCUCUGCUCAGGUGUUAAACCAACCGCUUGUCACACUGAACAUUUCUGUAUUGGUGGAGGUGGACACUUUCCUGAAGGGGCUCCCAGACAGUGUGGGGACUUUACCAGCUUUGACUGGAGUGGCUAUGGUACUAAUAGAGAUUGGAGUGCGUCCAGAGAGAUGACUGAAGCAGCUGUACUUCUCUUUUAUCGUUGACACGCUGAUCAAUCUCAGAUCUUCUCUUUGAGAUACAUUACACUGAAUAACACCUGAAUGUUAUAUGCACAUUUAUUUUCACAAAUGUAUUUCAUUACAAUAUAUAUCCUUUAUAUCAGUCUAUACUCUAUGUAUGCAUAUGGUUAGGUGGUUGUGCAUUUCUUUGUUCGAAGAUCUUCAAGAUUCAAAUUUAAAAUGUUCUGAUAAACCACUGCCAAUACUUUUCAGCAAGUUGUAGUCUACCAGUUAGGUUGACAAUGUUUUAUGAAUACAUUUGCGAAGAUUUGCUCGUACACAAAACAGAUAGCAUUUAAGAUCUAUAAUCCCUUGUCAUUUAUAAACACACUUUCUUUUUUAAAAAUUCUUGGUUUAGAUAUUUAUUUUAUAUUCUUGGACAUGUAUAUUUACACAUGUAUAUGAUAAAGCAUUGGAGAGCUGGGAUCCCUGACUACAAUACAUCUGCAAAUGAUAAGGAUGUGUCAUAGCAUUGUAAACACUCAACAUCUUUUGAUGUUAGGGAACUUUUGAACAAUAUUCUUAUUAACUGAAAUGAAUGAACCAUCUUCAGUCUGGUUGAUGCACUGUACAGUCAGCAUACCCUUUCUCAAAGGCUACUUGUUGAGGUGUGAAGCAUAUUUGAGGAUGUGCUGCUCUCUUGUGGAAGUUUAACUAGGACUAAUGUCUCACUAGAGAUGCACUGCAAUGCCACAAUCCUCAUGAAAGCAAACAGUUGAAAUUUGUGUACAAAGAUAACCUGUAUAUUUACAAAAUUCAAGUUUGUAUCACUACAAUAUAAAAAGUGCAUCAAUAUUAAAAAAAAACUCAAAUACCUCUAUUGUUAUGAGACUGAAGAAUGAGCAUAUAGAGAAAAACAUAAAAUGAUGUGUAAUUAUUUAGAGUAUUAGAGAAGAAGAAUUCCUAAAAAAAAAAAAAACAUU